AUGGAAGAUGUGCCGGGAGAAAGCAAGCCGUUUGUUUUGGUUAUUCUACCUUAUGCUAUGCAUUGCAGGCUUGAUCAAAAGCUCUGUAUUGGACUUAGAGAUGGAAAAGUCAGCUCGGAAGAAGGUGACAUAGUGUCGUUGGUACUGCAAGCAUCGUUGUUUUCAUCACUCAAGCAAUUCGAUCGACCUCCAAUGGACAACGACGAGGGACUGUGUGGCUAUCAAGGACUGGCGGAAGACGUAAAAAAUUUUCUCAUUAAACUUAAUGAAAAGCAACGCCAUAAAGUGAUCAAGUACUGGCAUGGAUUUAGAAGAAGCGGUAGCGAUUUUAUCGUACUAGCACAUUGCGACUCAUACAAGGCAACAGCAACGCUUGGUCGACUUAUCAACCAGUCGAUAGCGCACGCAAACCUAGACCUACGUUGUAUUCGCUUUGGCGAACGUCGUGUUCGAUGUUUGCAUUGUUUGGUAGCCAAAGCGAUAUCAAGGCUGGUGAGCAGUUACUGUGGAACUAUGGGAGAAGGGAGAGAAAUCCAAACAUACCUAGCUUUCCAGACAAUUAUCCGUGUAUAUGUCAAGGAUGUGUUUCCGGACCCUGCCAUGUUUUUGGUAAAGGUUGCAUCUCCUUUGCCGCAGUUGCAAAUAGCGACGGAAGCUGCUUUCAAACACAUGGAAUCAAUUGUUCAUAUUCUGUACCGAAAGCGGAAGGAUCCAAAACCGCUGGUUAUUUUGUUAGGCGCACGCCAUCUUGAGGAAAGCGGUCAUCGUUUCGGCUGCUGCGUAGCAGUUGUGGGCGAAGAAGUUUACGCAGUGGAAUGUCAGGCGGAAGCCAGAGCUAACGAAAUGCCAUUGCACUGGAGUUGUUAUAAGCUGGCCCAUAUACCCGUCAUUUUCCAUCACUAA